UGAUAAAAAUCGUGAGGAAAAUCAGGAAAAUACAUUAUUGUAUUUUCACACAGUUUUAGUUGAAUUUUUAGUUGUUUGUCCUGUUUACUGUAGUGAAUGCGAACGGCCGUAAUAUGAGCGAUUAUGACUGGGAUUCGCAUAAUCGCCGCCAGGUACUGGAAGGUCGACAAAUUCUCGAGAGAACGUCGGCCAGCUUAGCUCGGUCCAAUCAAAUCGCAAUCGAAACCGAACAUACAGGACAUGAGGUCAUCUCGGAGCUUGAGGUUCAGCGCGAAUCUUUGCUGCGCAGUCAGCAUCGAUUGGAAAACGCCAACGAUGGUCUAUCCAAGUCGAGAGCAAUACUCCGGACAAUGCAACGGAACGUGUUAUACAAUAAAGUGAUUUUAAUUCUAAUUAUUGUACUGGAAGCCUUCAUACUUGCCGGUUUGCUAUUCCUGAAAUUUUUCCGCUAACAUCGAAAAAUGCGAAAUACGAGAUCGGCAUCAUUCCUUCUCUAAAUUUAUGACCACCAAAGCUGUUUUAUUCUAUUUUUGGCAAAAUGGAAACAUUGAAACAAAACAAAUAUAAACAUUUUA